AUGUCGGAGUCGGACUGCAUGGUGGAUAUGGUAAUGGUGUGUGAACAGUCGGUCGAGCAGUGUUUGAGCACCGGGUUCAGGUUAUGUCCCCCGAAACUCCCACCCUUACCUCAAAAUCUUGCAUUAUCUCCACCUCUCCCGCCAAACCCUCCAAUAAUGCCCCCCAUGCAAACCCAGCACUUACCUCAGAACCAAGCUCCGACCGCGCUACCCCCGGCUCUGGCGCAGCCUGCGGCCAAACCCGGGGCUCUGUGCUUGGGGAAACGCGCCUACGGCAGUGGUAGCCCGUCUGUGGAUCCUCAGGCUGUGCCCCCCCAAGGGCAGCUGGAGGUCAAACUGACUCAAGUCUACGCCACCCGUCGCUACACCCGCUACACCAGCAGGCCGACCCCGCUGCUGCCCCUGCCUGCUGUCAGUACAGACGCACCUCUCCAAACCAUCGGCACUGACCCAGCCUUACAGCCGCCCGCUCCCAAAAAGAAAACACGCACGCUCUACAGCACAGAUCAGCUGGAAGAGCUGGAGCGUGUGUUUCAGGACGAUCACUACCCUGAUGGAGAGAAGAGGAGAGAGAUUGCAGCUGCUGUGGGCGUCACGCCCCAGAGGAUCAUGGUGUGGUUCCAGAACAGACGUGCAAAAUGGCGGAAAGCGGAACGACUGUCUGUGACGCAGAGCCACCAGCAGCAGUGUGUGUCUCAGAGGAGCGCGGUGGAGUACAUGCCCCUGGUCAUGUCGAGCCCACCCCCCCUCCGACGGGCCUCCCUCCCCCUCCUCACCACUUACAGCCACCCCACACACACACUCUCCCUCCUGCUGGACACGCCCCAACAGGCCGAGCCCAACGCCAGAGACGCACACACCCCGACCACACCCAGCGACACAGGGUUUGAUUUUGACGGUAUGAGCUCGGCAGUAAAGCUGGACUACGUCACCUCCGCCCCCCAGGGGAGCGGUCUGCCUUACCAACUCAGCGCUUACCCCCAGACGAGCACCAGUCUCCUGCCCCAACAAAACAACCCUCUCCUCGGCCAGCAGUCCAACACGCUACUGCCCCAGCAACCCAGCAGUCUCCUGCCCCAACAAAACAACACCCUCCUGCCUCCGUUCUCCCGCCUCUCUUACCUAACGCCCUCUCCCUACCUCACCCCCGGCCCGGCCGAGGGGGGCGGGCCCUCCUACCUGCCGUUCGGCACGGGAGCCAAUAGCGGCCUUCUGGCUUACAACAACGGCGGCCACGCCUACCUGCACUCUCAGAAUGGCAGUCAGAUCCUGCUGCAGCCAGGAUCGUUAUUCCGUCCCCAAUUCUCAGCACAGAGUCACGAAAACCUCUACCCCCCUAUACUGCCCCCUCAACACUACAUUCAAGUCCAGAGACCCCCUCGAAAUACCCUUCACCCCCCCACCAGCCUGCCGAAACCGACCCACGACCCCUUGCUCUCCAACAUCAAGGCAGAGUUUGAGGAAGCACCGGCAAGUCAGCCAGUCCGAGUCAGCGAGGCGGACUCCGUCUUCCCAUGUGACUUUUCCCCCAUACACUUCUGA